GGCCUGUCCCGGGAGGAGGCGCUGCCGCCGGCUCGGCCCCCGGCCCGGCCGGCCUCCCCAGAGCCGGGGCGAUGGCGGCCGGGCGGGAGCGGGCAGCCCGCCUCCUGCGGCAGCUGCAGCGGGCCGCAUGUCGGUGCCCGAGCCAUUGCCACACCUAUUCCCAAGUCCCUGAACGGCCUACCCUGGGAAAUACAGACUAUGCAUUUGAGAUGGCUAUUUCGAACAUCCGAUAUGGAGAAGGAGUUACUAAAGAGAUUGGCAUGGACCUGCAGAAUCUUGGUGCUAGAAGAGUUUGUCUGAUGACAGAUAAAAACCUCUCCCAAUUCCCUCCUGUAAAUGCAGUAUUGAAUUCCUUGGCAAAAUAUGGUAUAAACUUUCAGAUGUAUGAUAACGUCCGGGUGGAACCAACAGACCAAAGUUUCCUGGAUGCCAUUAAAUUUGCUAAAAAGGGAGAGUUUGAUGCCUAUGUUGCUGUUGGAGGUGGGUCUGUAAUAGACACUUGUAAAGCUGCCAACCUGUAUGCGUCCAGCCCUACAUCAGACUUCCUGGAUUACGUCAAUGCUCCUAUUGGGAAAGGGAAGCCUGUCACUGUGCCCCUCAAGCCACUCAUUGCAGUUCCAACGACAGCUGGAACUGGAAGUGAAACCACUGGUGUUGCCAUUUUUGACUUCAAAGAACUAAAAGUAAAAACCGGUAUUGCUUCAAGAGCCAUUAAGCCAACAUUAGGCAUCAUUGAUCCUUUACACACACUGUCUAUGCCUGAGCGAAUAGUGGCCAACAGUGGCUUUGAUGUGCUUUGCCAUGCUCUAGAAUCAUACACUGCUCUUCCUUACAACAUGCGCAGUCCCUGCCCUCCAAAUCCAAUCAACCGACCAGCUUACCAAGGCAGCAAUCCCAUCAGUGAUGUCUGGGCUGUUCAUGCUCUGCGCAUUGUGGCUAAAUAUUUGAAAAGAGCCAUCAGAAACCCUGAAGACCGUGAAGCAAGAGCCAACAUGCACCUAGCAAGUGCUUUUGCUGGUAUUGGCUUUGGCAAUGCUGGUGUCCAUCUCUGCCAUGGAAUGUCUUACCCUAUUUCUGGUUUGGUGAAAACUUAUAAACCAAAGGAUUAUAAUGUGGAUCACGCUUUAGUGCCACAUGGCCUUUCUGUGGUGCUGACAUCCCCAGCAGUGUUUGCUUUCACAGCACAGAUACGUCCUGAGCGGCACUUGGAAGCUGCAGAGAUACUAGGAGCUGACAUCCGCACUGCCAGAAUCAAAGAUGCGGGGUUUAUUUUGGCAGACACGCUCCGGAAAUUCCUAUUUGAUCUGAAUGUUGAUGAUGGCUUGGCUGCAAUUGGUUAUUCUAAAGCAGACAUCCCUGCAUUAGUCAAAGGCACUCUGCCUCAGGAGAGAGUGACUAAACUAUCACCACGUCCCCAAACAGAAGAAGACUUAUCUGCCCUCUUCGAGGCUUCCAUGAAGCUUUAUUAGCUUAAACAUUUUGUUCUGAAAAGUAUGCUCUAUUCUAACACAAAGGUAAUUUCUUAUAGAUAUGGGGCUGACUGUUUAGAUAAUGGAAGAACUUGGGUGCCUCUGACUUCUGUUCCAUUGUACACUGCCAAAAGGUCAAGUAAUUCAUCUUUAACUAAAUAGUGCUUUGAAGUGAAGGCUUGACUGGGUUUUUUUCUUGCUCAGUAGUCAGUGGUAUUAACUUGCAUAAAAGUUGGAGCAGAUUUCUCACUUUACUGAAGGCUUUAGAGGUGGUCAAAGGUGGAAAAAUGUUUUAAGGGAUAUUGUAAACCUUUUAGCAAGUUAUGGCUUUUAUUUAAAUUGUCCAUUUUUUUUUCUAAAAGUCAUGCUAUUUGGGAAAUAAUUGAGGUAAUUUUAAUUAGGGAGGGGGAGUCCCCUGCAGAAGAUGUCAGCUUACUGUAUUCUGUUCCACUUUAUCAUCUUUUUACCAUCUGGCUUCACUAAGAAGGCUGUUGAACUGGGGUACUUUUUUGUUGUUUGGUUAAGAAAAAACCUACACACUUCAUACAUGUUUGGAAAAGGCUUCCUGAAAGUUUGCUUUGGGUUAAGAUUCUGACAUGUAUUGUCAGAUAUUUAUCUUUCCUUUUAAGAUCUAUGUGAAGAGUUCAUUGGCAGAGUAAAACCAGAGUAAAGCAUGGUCACAUGCUCAACACAAACCACGUAACAGCAGGACAUCAUCCAUCACAGUCAUUUUGUCUCUGUGGAGGCAACAGCUCCCUUUUCCUGCAGCGUUCUGUGGAAAGAAGUUAUCAAUUGUAUCUUGCUUCUCUGUGAAGCAAUUGCUUCUGGUGAGCUCCUGCAGAUGCUGUCACUCAGAGUGCAGCCACAAGCUUAAGGAAGUGGCAAUGUGCUGUGGUUCAAUAUUAGAACGUGGUGGUGUAGCAUAUGGCUGCACAGUGCCCCGCUGGGAACGCUGGUUAAACGUGGGAAUGAGUGUGCAUGUUCAGAGCAGUUAACCAGCUGGUUGACUGUCAACUGAGAAAGGGAACUGGGAAAGGGAGAAAUGAAACUAAAAUUUUAAUACUAUUUUUCUUUUUUUAAAAAGCGCACAUGGUUGUGUGUACAGUUCAUUUAAAUCAGAUUCUGCUUCAUGUUGGACCCUUUCAGCAUGUAAUUCAUGCAGCUACCACAGCACAAGACAAACACAAGAAGAACCCCAUAACCUCUGGUGUGCUUAUUUCUUUCUGCUAGGGAGGGAGCACUUUUCAGUCACCCCAUUGAAGUGGAAGGCUCUAUACUUGCACCUUUGCAUUCUUGUGUUUGUCUGAUAAAGCUAGUGCUGUCCUAGAAUCUGAGUACAGACAUGUACUGAAUAUUGACAUUGGAUCUGUUACCAUGCUGUUAAAAUGGGUGGAUGGAUACUGAUUGAAGACUGGAGAUUUUGUUUUUAACCACAGAACAGGUUUAGUGGCCACAGGGACUGCACUACCAGUAUGCCUCAGCCUGUGCUGGGAUACACAUUUGAUUUCCAUGUCCUUCUGAAUCUUGUCCUCUGCUGAAAUUGCCCACAAGAACCUCUGUCACGAAGGCUGAUGUUGUAAUAGCAAGGGACAAGGGAUUCACUUUAUUGUACUGUGCAAAGUUGCCAUGUUUGAAAAAAACUUAUUGUCAAAUCCUUUUGUGUAUACUCUUUUGGCCCGUUUCAUCUCUCCAUUCCUGUAUUUUUCCAGGCUGUGGUAGCACUAGAGAGUCCUGAAGAGAGAAUCUUUUUUUCCAGGAGCCUAAAUUGUGGCAGCCCUGAUUUGUCUGGGGAGAAUAUACUUUCUGGGGACCUGAACAGCACAUGGGUUGUAUAACUGCAGCAGAACACUUUGGACUAGUUAGGAAGGUAGGGUAUUUCCUUCCAGCACACUUAUUUGCCAUUUAUGCCAGUAUGGCAGUUAUUAGCAGGCUGCGUUUUCAACUGACAGAACCUCGCAAUUAAUUUCCUAUACCAGGUAACCCAGAGCUCUUGCUAGUUUCUAAAUUAAGCCUCACGCCCCCCUCUGAUAUAGUACAUUUUAUCCAUAUUUUAUAGAUGAGACAAAGGGUUUGAUAUAAUACCUAAGCAGGUGGUGCUGUAAGAAGGGCCAUUUCUGUUUCCCACACCCCUUUGGCAGCAUCAGGGUCUUCGACUGGCUUAAACUGGUUGUGAAGUCUCACUCACAGACAUCAGCUACACACGUGUUUUCCCAUUACCGAUUAUUAGUUACCAGUGGAAAUUUUCUGAGGAAAAAUCAAGGGAGCUCCAGUUGCCCCACAGUGCUGUCUUUCAACUAGUGAUGGUGUGAGAGAGUCAUGCCCUGGGUCCCGGGCAAUGGUAGUUUUAUUCACAGCUGAAGAGUUACUGGGAUUUUUCGUACUGGGAUUAUCUUACUCAAUUACUCUGUAUUGAGACAACCUAGUUGGUCAAAUAUAUCUGUAUCUUUGAACAUA